AUGAAUGGAGAUAUGGGAGAGAUGUCUAUACACAGCCAUGUCGAGCUGGCUCACACGCAGGACGGUAGGGACAUGCUCCACACCAGGGAUCUCUCGGCAGCCUUCCCCAGGCCCCCGCUGGGUGACUCCCUCAUGUCCCUGGACCCGGAGCCCAGGCACCCGCCCGGCUUCGACCCCUCCAUGUCCGGCCUGGGCGGCUACGGCGGCCGGGAAACCCCCAUCAGCGAGGGCAGCACAUACACCACCCUGACCCCGCUCCAGCCCUUUGACGACAAGUUCCACCACCACCACCACCACCACCCGCACCCCCACCACCCCUGCCUGCCCGUCAGCAACGUCAUCGGGAGCUUCACCCUGAUGAGGGAGGACAGGGGCCUGGGGGGCAACUUCUACAACCCCUACGGCAAAGACCUGGGCAUGACCCACUCGCCACCCUCUGCCGCCCCUGGGCUCGAGACGGGCAUGCACGGCUACAGCAGCCUGGGCGCUGCCACGCAGGGUGCCCACAGUGCUCCAAUGCUCUCUGGUGCCCACGACAUGCACCUCGGCGGCGCCAGCGGUGCCGUCAGCAUCAGUGGUGCUGCCACCACCACCAGCAGUGGCAUCUACUGCCGGACGCCCGAUUUCGGGCGCGAGAUGUCCCCUCCUAUGCUACACGCCGACACCGGCUUGGGCCACCACCAGCAUCACCACCACCACCAGCUCAACAAAAUGGACGCCCUCUCGCACCACCAGCACACGGCCGCCUACCACCCGCACCUCUACCCCCAGCACUACCAGCACCACCUCUCCAGCCCCCAGGCCUCCAAGGUGCGGGACUUCCACCCCACCGGCUCCUCCUCCCUCCCAGGCGAUGCAGGCAUGCUUUCCGGGUCACAGAGCGGCAUGUGCUCCCCACCUGGUGCUGGAGGAACCAUCGGCGGUGGUAGUGGCGGUGGUGGCGGCGAGGAGCUCAACACCAAAGACGUGGCCCAGCGCAUCAUCACCGAGCUGAAGCGCUACAGCAUCCCGCAGGCCAUCUUCGCAGAGAGGGUGCUGUCGCGCUCGCAGGGCACCCUGUCGGACCUGCUGCGCAACCCCAAGCCCUGGGGAAAGCUCAAGUCGGGCCGUGAGACCUUCAAGAGGAUGUCCCGCUGGCUCCAGGAACCUGAGUUCCAGCGCAUGACGUCCUUGAGACUGGAAGCCUGCAAGCGUAAAGAGGCGGAGCAGAGCAAGCUGGAGCGCAACCAGGGCCCCAAGCGCACGCGGCUGGUGUUCACCGACCUGCAGCGCCGCACACUGAUGGCCAUCUUCCGGGAGAACCACCGGCCCUCCAAGGAGCUGCAGAUCACCAUCUCGCAGCAGCUGGGCCUGGAGCUCAGCACCGUCAGCAACUUCUUCAUGAACGCCCGGCGCCGCAACCUCAGCAAGUGGACGGCCGCCGGCGAGGGGGACGGUGGGAGGCCCUCGUCCACCGGCUCCUCCGGAUCCAGCGCCUCCUCCUCGGCCAUCUCCUGCAGCACCGCGUGA